CUUUUUUCUAGCAAGUCAAAGUGUUUCGUUCGGUCUAUCGUCCGUUCCCUUGGUAUGUAUUUUAGCUCUCAAAUCGUGGCCAAAUGUCUGCUAUUGGUUUACAAUUGGCUUCAAUAUCAAGUGCAUGUCAAUAUUGUCGUAGAUGGUUCUAGAGUACUAGGCUCGAGUGAUUCAAGUACCAACGGAUGUAACAGCGGGUGGUAUUUGCCCAUCCGCCGUUCUGCCGGUUGUUUUAGAUGUUGGAACAAAUGACAAAGCAUUAUUUGUUGAUUUAUGCUUUUGUAGAUGAUGAUUAAAGCUGUUACAAGUCGAUAGCCAAGUAAUUAUUAUAUCACCCAUCUGCAUUUCUAUCAUACAUUAUCAAAUAACGUUAGAUCUUUCUUUUUAUGGUCUUCUUGGUCUUUUGAUCCACAUUAGAAAAGUAUCUUCAUGCCUACAAUUUAUUAUCAACCUGUAAUCCGUUCAGUUAGAGUAUAUGUACAUAUAUGUAUAUUUUUUCUGUUUCUGACAACAGCGCAUUUGAAACUAUUAUUUUUAUCCAAAAAAGUUGUAAGCUGGUAAUGCUAAUACUAAAACUGGCACUGCUAUUCUUGAAACGGUGAAAGAUAUUGCCAAUGUUAAAGCUCCU